AUGGAUAGAAAAACCGAUAAAAAUAAGCAAAAAUUAGAAGCGUGCCUUCAGAUCGGGCGUUCUUAUAAAGAACGCGGUCAGAUUCAACAUGCAAUUGAAAAUUAUUCGACAGCUUUGAAAUUGGCAAAGGAAUUGAACGAAAACACAUAUAUAAUGAAAGCAAAUAUUGGUUUAGGGGAUACUUAUAAAUCGAAUCAACAAUUUCAAACGGCAAUUAAUCAUUAUAAGAAAGGCUUAGAAAUUGCAAAAGAACAUGAGAAUGAACAGCAAGAAAUACAAGCUUACCUUGGGCUAGGAUUUGCUUAUAAGUUGAAAAAAAAGUUUAGAGUGGCAAUUGACUAUUUUGAGAAAGUGUUGAAAAGUGCAAACGAACGAGAAAAUAAAGAGCGAAAUAUGGCAUUAUUAGGGUUGGGAGAUGUCUAUAAAUUGAAAAAUGAGAUUCGUAUGGCAGAGCAAUACUACAAGAGAGGAUCUGAAAUUAGGAGCACAAUGACAGAUAAUCAAAUGGCAACGCAAUUAAUGCUUCGAAGAAACCCGGGAAAAUGCAAAAGAACACGAGAAUAAACAGCUGUAUGCAUACAUUCAGCUUGGACAUGAAUGUAGAUUGAACAAUCAGAUUCCACUUGCAAUUAAACACUAUGAGACAGUCUUGGAAUUUACAGGAAAACGGAAAAAUACACCGUCACCCCAAGAAUUAGAAGCACACAUUGGGUUAGCGCAUGCUUAUCGAUUUAAGAAUCAGAUCGAACUGGCGAUCCCUUACUAUGAAGAAGCCUUGAGAGUUGCCAAAGAACUGGCCGACAAGCAUCAUAGCGCAGAAAUAUCCAUUGAGUUAGGCGACAUCUAUGAUUCCAUUGAACAAGAUCAGACAGCGAUGAAAUACUAUGCAAAAGCUCUAAAUAUACUUGAGGAUGUGAAUGGAUAUGACCACAUGAAAAUGGUAGCACUAACUCGAUUAAAAAAUUUCAAUCACUCUCGUGAUCAUACGAUCUCAGCAAAUUCGACUAUCGGUAAGAUUAUUAUUACUAUUAUUUAAAAAAAAUAUUAUUAUUAUCAUUACGUUAAAAUAACGUAUUCUACGAUAUAAUCUUUCGACUUAUAUAAUUUAGAAUGGGGUUACUUUUUAAUCUUUUGGUUCGAUAUUAUAACGUCAAAAUCAAAAUCUGUGCCGCUCUAAUAUAAGAAAAACUACCGCAACUUAGUCUGUUUAUUAUUGUAUUGAAGUAUAAUAUCCACUUGAAAUUACAAUUGACUGUUGACAUGCUCGUUUUCGGCAAAAUUCAAGAUUGUUUCUCUACAUUACCAGUGCCGUCACUGAAACAGAUUAAAACGAAUUUCAAUAUUGAUGUUGUAGAUAAAUAAUUGGCUGCACGUUUUUAUGUCGUAUUCUCAUAUAAUGAAAGAAAAACUCGUGUAGUUAUAAUGCGAUGAACGCAUGUUGUAAGCGUUCUUCCAACAUUUCCAUCGUACAUUAUAACCCCAUAAAAGCACGUAGCUCGUUUUCUAUUUCUGAAAUAACGUCAUGUUAAAUUUAAUUACCCCGUUACUAUAGGAACAAGAGUUUCCGCGGAGCAGUUAUUGAUCUUGGGACGUUCUUGUCAAAACAAUGGUAAUAUUGAAGAAGCUAUCACAAACUACGAACAAGCUGUUCAAAUUGCGGAUGAAACACAUCGCAAUGACAUCAAAGCAAAAGCGUAUCAACAUUUGGAAGACGUAUUUUGUGGAAUUUUCGAAUACAAGAAAGCAAUUGAGUAUUAUAAAAAGGCACGUGAAAUAUCUGCAGACCUCGAGUCAGACUCAGAUGAUUUGGAAGUGGACGCUUAUCAAAAGGUUCGUAAUGUUGAACACCUAGAUAUUGAGCAUAAUUAUGAAAAUAUACUUGAUGAAGAAAGAAUUUCACUAGAACGGUUAUUGAUCUUGGGGCGUUCUUGUCAAAACAAUGGUAAAAUUGAAGAAGCCAUCGAAAACUACGAACAAGCUGUUCAAAUUGCGGAUGAAACUCAUCGGAAUGACAUCAAAGCAAAAGCUUAUCAACAUUUGGGAAACAUAUGUACUGGCACUUCUGAAUAUAAGAAAGCAGUCGAGUAUUAUAAGAAGGCACGUGAAAUAUCUCCAGAUCUUGAAGCCGAUGAUUUAGAAGUAGAAGCAUAUCAACGGUUGCGUGAAACUAUUGGUAAUGCGGAACGCGUGGACAUUGAGCAUAAGUAUGAAAAUGUACUUGAUGAAGAAAGAAUUUCAGUAGAACAAUUAUUGAUCUUGGCACGUUCUUGUCAAAACAAUGGUAAAAUUGAAGAAGCCAUCGAAAACUACGAACAAGCUGUUCAAAUUGCGGAUGAAACUCAUCGGACUGACAUCAAAGCAAGAGCUUAUCAACAUUUGGGAAACAUAUGUACUGGCACUUCUGAAUAUAAGAAAGCAGUCGAGUAUUAUAAGAAGGCACGUGAAAUAUCUCCAGACCUUGAAGCCGAUGAUUUGGAAGUAGAAGCAUAUCAACGGUUAGGUGAAACUGUUGAUAAUGUUGAACGCGUGGACAUUGAGCAUAAUUAUGAAAAUAUACUUGAUGAAGAAAGAAUUUCACUAGAACAAUUAUUGAUCUUGGGGUGUUCUUGUCAAAACAAUGGUAAAAUUGAAGAAGCCAUCAAAAACUACGAACAAGCUGUUCAAAUUGCGCAUGAAACUCAUCGCAAUGACAUCAAAGCAAAAGCUUAUCAACAUUUGGGAAGCGUAUUUAGCAGAGCGUCUGAAUAUAAGAAAGCAAUCGAGUAUUAUAAGAAGGCGCGUAAAAUAUCUCCAGAUCUUGAAGCCGAUGAUUUAGAAGUAGAAGCAUAUCAACGGUUGCGUGAAACUAUUGAUAAUGCGGAACGCGUGGACAUUGAGCAUAGGUAUGAAAAUGUACUUGAUGAAGAAAGAAUUUCAGUAGAACAAUUAUUGAUCUUGGCACGUUCUUGUCAAAAUAAUGGUAAUAUUGAAGAAGCUAUCACACACUACGAACAAGCUGUUCAAAUUGCGAAUGAAACUUAUCGGAAUGACAUCAAAGCAAAAGCUUAUCAACAUUUGGGAAACAUAUGUACUGGCACUUCUGAAUAUAAGAAAGCAAUUGAGUAUUAUAAGAGGGCACGCGACAUAUCUCCAGACCUUGAAGAAGAUGAUUUGGAAGGAGAAGCAUAUCAACGGUUAGGUGAAACUGUUGAUAAUGUUGAACGCGUGAACAUUGAGCAUAAGUAUGAAAAUAUACUUGAUAAAGAAAGAAUUUCAGUGGAACAAUUACUAAUCUUGGGACGUUCUUGCCAAAACAAUGGUAAAAUUGUAGACGCCAUCACAAACUAUGAACAAGCUGUUCAAAUUGCGGAUGAAACACAUCGCAAUGAUAUCAAAGCAAAAGCAUAUCGACAUUUGGAAAACGUAUUUUGUGGAAUUUUCGAAUACAAGAAAGCAAUUGAGUACUUUGAGAAGGCACGUGAAAUAUCCCCAGACGUCGAGUCAGAUGAUUUGGAUGUAGAAAUGUAUCGUACUGUUCAUAAUUUUGAACGUGUGGACAUUGAACACAAAUACGAAAAUACACGUGAUGAAGAAAGAAUUUCAGCAGAACGAUUAUUGAUCUUGGGACGUUCUUGUCAAAGAAAUGGUAAAAUUGAAGAAGCCAUCAAAAACUACGAACAAGCUGUUCAAGUUGCGAUUAAAACACAUCGUAAUGACAUCAAAACAAAAGCUUAUCAACAUUUGGAAAAUAUAUUUUGUUCAACUUUCGAAUACAACAAAGCAAUUGAGUGUUAUGAGAAGGCACGUCAAAUUUCUCUAUACCUCGAGGCAGAUGAUGUUGACGUAGAAGCGUAUCAAGAUGUUCGUAAUGUUACACGCGUAGAUAUUGAUCUGAAAUAUGAAAAUAUACUUAAUGAAAUAAGAAUUUCAGCAGAACAAUUAUUGAUCUUGGGACGUUCUUGUCAGAAAAAUGAGAAAAUUGAAGAAGCCAUCAAACACUACGAACAAGCUGUUCAAAUUGCGGAUGAAACUCAUCGGAAUGACACCAAAGCAAAAGCUUAUCAACAUUUGGGAAACAUAUGUACUGAAAUUUCUGAAUAUGAGAGAGCAAUUGAGUACUAUAAGAAGGCACGUGAAAUAUUUCCCGACCUUGAAGCAGAUGAGAUGGAAGCAGAAGCCUUUCAAUGGUUAGGUGACAGUGUAGAUCAUGUUGAACGCGUGGACAUUGUGCCGGAAUAUGUAAAUGCUUUUGAAGAAACAAUUUCAGGAGAACAGUUAUUGACCUUGGAGCGUUCUUGUCAAAACAACAGUAAAAUAAAAGAAGUCAUCAAAGUCUACGAACAAGAUGUUCAAAUCUCGGAUGAAGCACAUCGCAAUGUCAUCAAAGCAAAAGCUUGUCAAGAUAUUGGAAACGUAUUUACUAGAACUGCUGAGUACAAGAAAGCAAUCGAGUAUUAUCAGAAGGCGCGUGAAACAUCUCCAGACCUCGAGGGUAAUGAAUUGGAAGUAGUAGCGUAUCAAUGGCUAGGUUACAACCACCUGCAAGCUGCCCAGUAUCAAAAAUCCAUAAAAUAUUACAGCAUAGUGGUAAAGCUAGCGUCCAAUAUUGGAGACAAAAAGAGGAAAAUCAACGCUUACUUGGGACUUGGAAGUGCAUUUAGUUAUACUAAUGAUUUUCAGUCCUCACGAUUAUAUUUCUUGAAAGCUCUCACAGUAGCAGAAAAGAUCAAUAACAAAGCCCGCCAAAAAGAAGCAUACACAAACCUAGGAGCUGUGUACUACAACAGUUAUAAGUUUGAUGAAGCUGCCAAAAAAUAUCUCGAAGUUAAAAAAAUAUCUCAUGAACUUGGUGAGUUAAAAGAAGAAGCCAACGCCUGCCUUAUGCUCGGGAAUGCGUUUCGACAGUUGAAGCAACCUGAGAAAGCCAUUGAAUUUUACCAAAAAACAUUAAAUAUUAGUGACGAUUUGGAAGAUGAAGAAAUGCGCACGAGGAUAGUUCAACACUUAGGAACAGUGUAUUUUACUUUGGCGUCAGUUUGUCGUGAACAUUGCAAUUACGAGAUGUCGGUAAAAUGGUUUAGAAAGGCAUUGGAUAUUUUCAGACAGCUCAAUGACAACUUCUGGCAAAAAAAGGCGAUUAAGUCAAUUCAAGAAGCUCAAGAGCUUGCUGAAAAAGAAACUGAGAGGAGAGGUAGUUAUUUCGUAUUCAUCAUUCCUAUAUAAUUAUAUUUCUCGCACAUAUUAUUGAUAGAAUGUUUAACAUACAUACUGUACCAUACUCGAACUGGUUUAUUAAGGACUUUGUCUCGUGUUGUCUCCUUUGUAGACAGUCCAGAAUCGUGGAAGUGGGAAAAGAGUUCGAUCGUUCAUCGGGAGAGGUUCACUAAGCUUCUCGAAUAUGGAAAAGACCAUCCGGAAGAUAUCAAAGAAGUUAACGGAGUUCGCGUUUGCUGCUCUGAAGAAUUUCUCAUUGGCAUGGGAGGUGAUGGCACUCGAGUCUAUGUAGGAUUAGGGAAAGACGGAUACGAGAGGGCUGUGAAACGUUUGCCCAGAGAUGCCUGCGCUGGCUUGGCUGAACAAGAAAAGAACGUUUUGAACAAACUCAACACAACCAAGUCAAACUAUGUGGUUAGUUAUUGGUUCUUAGACGAACAAAGCGACAAGCACUACUUAUUUUUAAUCUUGGAUUUAUGUGAGGAAACGUUGGAAUAUUUUGUUGCUCGUAGCAGUUUAGAUGAUUUGGUAGCAGAUGCGCCAGAUAUCAUUCAGCAACUUUUGAAAGGAUUAGCUGAUCUCCAUUGCGAUCCAGUGCCCAUUUUGCAUCGGGAUUUAAAACCAUCCAACAUUUUGCGCAACGUCCACGAUAAAUGGUUGCUGGCAGAUUUUGGCAUCAGUCGAAUCCUGACAGGUUGUGCCAGUACCCAUCCAAGCAACCAGAGGGGAACAGAAGAUUGGAGAGCUGUUGAGUCAUCAUACCCUUCGAACGGCAUGACUGAUGGUGGGAAAGUACGCUACAAGAAAGAAUCCGAUAUUCAGGUAGGUUUUUAAAAAUUAACACGAAUAAAAGUAUACAGUGUGAUUAUAGGUUUUACAUUGCUUUCAAAACAAGGCGGCGGAGAUGCGACAAAAACUGUGGGAUUUAGCCAUAGCAAUAAUUUAUAUGGAAUGCAUAAUAAACAACAUAACACCUAAUUAUUCCCAACGAUGUAUUUUUAAACUACAGGUUGUAGGCUACAAUACUGUAAAUCUCAGCCUUUGAAAAUAAUGCUCAAGUCAGCAUUGGACUAUGUGCAAACGGUAACGUUUCCGAGCGUUUCUAAUAUGUCGUUUCAAAUUUUGUCAGUUUGGCGCUCUGUCCACACGGAAACGUUUUCACGGCAUGCAUGUUUGUCUGGACAAAAAUUCCAUCUCUCGCGGCUUCUUAUCACCGUUUAUAUUCUACCAGAUGGAGUCAUUGCUUGUCAACGAGUUUCUUAAAAUGUCCUCUGCUCAUUAUAGUAAAGUAAAAAGUUUUAUAUGUAUUUUAGCCUCACCGAUAUGAAGUCUGUCGCUCCUUCAAAAGCAAAACACAUUUUAAAUCGUUCAUAAAUCAUCAUACACUUGAAAGGCUAUAUAUUUUGUUUUAUUUGUCGCUAAAGUUUUUAACUUAAGAAUUAAUGAUCCAAUGAAAGAUCUAAGCUUCCAGGAAACAAGAGUAUAAUAUUUUGAUUUUAAGCAGAAGUUUUCGUCAUAAGACGUCGUUUUCAUCCGUUUUCGUGCGGACACGGCUUGGAAACGAAACGUUUUGAAAACUUUACAGCUUGAAACGCUCGAAAACUUUACCGUGUGCACAUAGUCUUAUUCUUUGAAACUCGGUAACUAAAGAUAUGAUAUGAUAUGUCUGUGUCCAAUCAAAUGUUUUGGCGAACAUGAAUUUUGUGUUGUUCUGUGCUGGUCAUAAUUUGUAUGAAAAUAUUUUUUCGUACCUUUAAGGAUAAUAAUACCAAUUUGUCUCUGUCAUACUUAGGUAGCUGGAAUUGUGGCAUUUUACAUUGUGACAAAAGGUGAACAUCCUUUUGGAGAAAAACCUGACCGACUCCGACACUUGCUUGAUGGUAAACCAGUUGGCUUGGAUACGCUGAAAGAUCCUACUUUGAAAGAUUUAUUAUACUGGAUGCUGAGCCACGACCCCAAAGAAAGACCGUCCGCUGAAGAAGCGCUGAAACAUCCUUAUCUCCAGUCAGCGAAACAGAAGUUCGAAAUGUUGUGCAAAAUGGGAAACCAACAGGAAAUCAAGAUUGGGGAUGUCAAAUCAGAUGUCGUGCGAAAGUUGAACAGCAAUCCCAAAGAUUGGACAACUCUGCUGGUACCAGUUGUUCUAAAGUAUUUAUCCACUGAUUCUUCCAAGGGGAAAACAUUUCGUUAUAAAUCGUCGUGGACGGACUGUUUACGACUUAUCCGAAAUGUCAAAGAACACUGGCAUGAGCGUCCAAGGCCGCGACCAGAAGUAUUCUAUUUAGUAGGCGAUCCCCAAGAGUACUUCCUUGACCUCUUUCCCCAUCUUCCUGUCGAGGUGCACAGUAUAGUCAGGUCAUGUGAUUGGAAAGAGCGACCUGACCUUAAGGAGUACUUCAUGUAA